AUGCCACGAGUAACAAGGAAGUCGAUUGUGGAUAGUCCAGAACCCACCAGACGCAGUUCAAGGGCAGCAACUCAAGCCUCUUCAACCAGCUCAAAGGCUACCCCACCACCAAGUCGGAGUCGUAGUAAGUCAGUGAAAAAAGCUGGUAGUGAAGCAGGUGAUGGUCCAGAAGAAAUAGAAGAAGUUAAAAAACCUACAGGUCGUGGUCGUAGUCAGUCCAAGAAAAAAGUUGAAGAUGUAGAAUCCCCAGCGCCUAGAGGUACCAAGAGAAAAGCUCCAUCAACCAGUCCGAAACAGACAAAGGGAAAGGGACGAGGUACGGCUAAGAGAGGAAAAGUUGACGUGGAACUUGAAGAUGAACCAGAGGAAGAGGAAGCUGUCACAGAGGAGCCGGUGGAGGAAGCGGAACCAGAGGAGAGUAGAGGUAGGAGCAGAAAGAAAGGAAAGACAACUGCAAGCCCGAAAGUAACAGAAAAAGUGGCAACUAGUUCGUCAAGUAGAGGUCACAAAGGAAAGAAAACUCCUGCUGCAACACCAUCUCCAGCUAAAUCAUCACCUAGAAAUCAGAGAGGUAGAAAAUCUGAACCCACAGAUGUAGAGCAAAAAGAAGAUGCUGAUAUCACUGACCCUAUAGGAGCUGAUCCAGUCAAAGCCAGCCCUGUCAAAACCACCCCAGUCAAAGCCAGCCCUGCCAAAACUACACCAGUCAAACCAACAUCAGUGGCAGCCAGUCCAGUCAAAAGUGGUGCCACACCAGUUGUUGAACCUAUCACCCCAGAAUCAGAACCAGAGAUGUCCGCCAUUGAGAACAUUUCUCCUGCUGAACCAAAACCUCCUGUAUCCAUUCCUGUCGUAGCAACGGAAGCAAGGCAGACUCCGGGCGGUGGAACAAAACGUAAAGCACGAGAUGAUGACGAGCAAGACGUUUCUGUCAAAAGACCUCACGUCAGUUCAGCUCAUGGAUCAAGUGAAACUGUCUCGUCUCAGAAGGAUAAAGUAGACGCAUCGUCACAGUCAACUAAGAUCACUUCUCAGUCUUCUGAAGCAGCAGCAAAACCUGACCCUACAGAUGAUUUUGAAAUAAUUUCUCAUAAUGACGUACCAGCAGCUGAUAGUCAGGAAGUUCAGCAAUGUGUUCCAGCCACUCAGACUAAGUCCACCAAACCUCAAGUCGUGUCAUCUCCAUCCAAGAAGGUCACUCCCGCUCCGAAGGUCACAACGUCCGAAGCUGUAAGCAGCCAAUCAGAGGCUGGAUCCAGCGCGAAACAAGUUUCUUCAGGAGGGUGUAAUACUCCAGUUUAUUUUGUAGUUGUAUCAGGUCAGUCUGGAUCAGUAGAAGUGAAAUCUAGUACAGAUAGUAUAUCAACAGUUGACAGUUCUGUAGAUAUUGGUUGUUAUGGUGAUGAUAGAACUCCCCUACCCCCAAAGCCCUCCACUGCGAAGACCAACAUUACAUCCCAGAGUUCCUUGUCCAAUGUAAAUCAUCGUGCGGCAGAUUCAAACCAAAAGGAGGCAACGUCCAAUAAGAAUUCAACUAACUCUAUUAAUUCACAACCAGCAACACAGUCUAACCAAUCAGAGAACGUUACUAGUAGCAACACAACUAAUGGAGUCAGCCAUCUUGAAAAACCUAAAGUUUCACCCAUCAAGCAUUUCGAUCCUAAACCUACACCUACUAGUGCUUUUCUCACCAAAUAUAGUAAAGACAUUUUUAAUCGUAAUUAUUUGACGAAUCCUGCCUUAUCGAACCCUGUUGAUUCUACCCGUCAAUUUAGCCUGGUCUCUUAUAAUAUAUUGGCUGAUUGUCAUCUACAACGUGGGGAUUACAGUUAUACGUCUGAUCAAUAUUUAAACCAGAAUUAUCGUCAUGAGUUACUGCUCCGUGAGUUGAAAUAUCUCAACGCUGAUGUCAUUUGUCUACAGGAAGUCAACCCUGAAUAUUUCUCUGCCAUUUUGAAACCUGCUUUACAAAGUUUGGGGUAUGCUGGUGAUCUACAUAAAAGAUGUAAAGAAUAUUUUAAUGAAGGGGAAGCCACGUUUUAUAAAACUUCUCGUUUCACCAUGUUGGAACAGAAAGGGUUAAAUUUAAAAGACUUAGCAGAAAGGGAAGUAAUGGCAGGAGGAUUGAAUGAAGAUGUACAGACAGCAGUAAGAGAAUAUCUUGACAGAGCAGACGUACUUCAUCUGUCUCGAUUACAAUGUAAUAAUACAGGAAAGAUAGUCACUAUUGGUAAUAUACAUGUUAUCUGGGACGAGUUUAAAUCACCUGAUGUACAGUGUAUACAGAUUGCUAGUGCUAUAAAAGAGAUAGUGAAUAAAGCUGGUAACGAUACAUCACCUUUUAUUAUCACGGGAGAUUUUAACAGUGAAAUAUCUAGUUCUGGAUAUCAGCUAGGUCGAGAUGGUUAUCUUUCAGAUGUCAAUAUACAGAAAUUACAAUCACUGGAGAAUUUACAGACAAAAGAGGGUUCGAAAUCUUUAGUGAAUCAUCUAUGGCGAGCAUUCCAACAUACAGCUUCUAAUCUACGUUCAGCUUACUUCACUGUUCAGGGUCAAGAACCAGUAGUCACAUCAUACACAGCUAACAUGAAGACAACAGUAGAUUAUAUAUUCUAUAAUGCAAACAGUCUGGAUGUUAACGGAACACUACAGGUGGUACAUCAUGAUGUCAUCAAUAAAACAGGAGGCUUACCCUCAGCUGAGUUCCCCUCCGAUCACGUCUCAUUGAAAGCUGUGUUUAAUUUAAAACCUUAGAAUAGUGGAUAAAGAAAAACAGAUUGUAAAUAUAUUUUCACCAUGGUAUCAUCUAUAUAUAACUCAUGACAUCAUCAAUGACAUUAUCAGUGUUAAUUAAUAUUAACCAAUCAGAUUGUACUCGUUAAGUUGAAAUGUCUAACAUUGUGUAUAAACCCGUUCCAGUUGUGGAUAUCACCUGCCAAAAAAAUAAACCUUUUAUUAAUGAAUUAGUCCAAAAAAAUUGCCAAAAAUAUGGUAAUUAGGACUAAAUCAGGAAAGAUGUAAAAUAGUUCCAAAUUUGAAAAACUGUU